CACACACUGGUUGAUUUUUGAUACCAGAUAAUAUAGCACUACAUUAAUAGACAAUCUCACAUAAAAAUACACAUAUAAGAUGUCCUCUAAAACAGAACUCCAACGAAUGAUAGUAUCAUUAUUGAAAACCUUACCCAAGGAAAGGCUCACACACUAUGCCUCCUUUAAACAAACCCAACUUGAGCGAUUUCAAGACGCCAAAGUAAUAGAAGGAAUCAGUGAGGAUGAUUUGAAGUUGCAGUAUGUUGCCUUGAGAGAGUUGGUUAAUGAUAAAUACAAGAAUUAUUAUAAAUUGGACGAUAAGUUGUUAAGACCCAAGGGGAACCCUGAGUAUUACGAGAGAUUACUUAAGGAGAUCAAGGGAGAUGGGAAAGAGACGUUGUUGACUGCCAUGAGAACUGUGGUUUUUGGGAAGUAAGGGUAAAACUAUAAAUUCUUGUAUAUAUUUAAUAAACGUAAUAUUCGAUG